GGACCUAGGGCCGACCACCCAUUAUCUACCAUAGACGAUAUAACGCCAUGCCGAACAGCGCGACCGCCACGCAUUCAUCCGCGCCCCCGCAAAUCCCAGGAACCCACGUCGCUCCACAGGACGCGGAAGAGCUUCGCGGCGUUGUCGCGGACCUUCUCGAACGCGAGAGCACCCGCUUCCCAGGCGCGCAACCAGUUUCGUUCGCCCGCGAACAUAUAUCCGAGCUGCAGCGAAAUGAGUACUUCAUGUGCGAAAAGACGGAUGGAAUCCGCUGCCUCUUGUUCCUCUACUUCCGCGACGCUGGUGAUGCUUUCGAGCCAGUAACACUGCUCAUCGAUCGUAAGAACCAGUACUUCGACGUGACACCGCCGCUGCGCAUACCGUACCACCGCGACCCUGCCGACCCAAAUAAAUUCCUCUUCAAUACCGUCCUCGAUGGCGAGCUAGUUCACGACACAGUACCAGGACAGCCAAAGCCCCGCCUCGUCUUCUACGUCUUCGAUUGUCUCGCAAUCGACGGCGAGAACAUCACAAGCAAACCCUUCGACAAGCGCCUCGGCCGCAUAAAGGAAUGGAUCUUCAACCCGUACGAGCGCGCGCGACAGCGAGGACCCAUCCCAGAGCCCUUCCGCAUGAAGGAGAAGCAAAUGUACGCAGCAUACCACACACAACGUCUGUUCCAGGAAGUGCUUCCUCGGCUGCCGCACGGCAACGAUGGCCUCAUUUUUACAUGUAAGAAUACUCCAUACCACUUCGGAACAGACCGCCAUAUUCUCAAGUGGAAGCCGCCGCACGAGAACACCAUCGACUUCAAGCUACGGCUCGGACAAUUCCCCACAUUCGACCCCGAGGACGGCGAAGAGGGUAUGAUAGAGGACUACGAAGCGAUGCCGCUCCCCUUCUCGCUCCUCGUCCAGCACAACAGUAACAACUACCAACACUUUGCGGACCUCGCCGUCACGGAGGAAGAAUGGGAGAACCUAAAGGCGCUGGACCAGCGUCUCGACGGGCGGAUCAUCGAGUGCUACCGGGGCGACGACGGCAAGUGGCGGUACAAGAAAGAGGAUGAUGGGACGACGCCGCGCUGGCGAGACGACAAGAAAGACGCGAACCACAUCUCGACGGUCAACAGCGUGCUGGAGAGCAUCGAGAACCCGGUCACGGAGCGGGACCUCCUGGCCGCGAGCACGAGCAUCAAGGAGGCCGUGUACCGCCUGCUCGCCGAGGAGAAGGAGUCGAAGAAGAGGAAGUUUAGCGAGUUCAACGGCGUGCAGUAGACUUGUACAGUUGUGGUUGGCUAUUGAGAGCUGUUCACGUGGCGCGCGGCAUAUGCGGCGUAGAAGUGAGCAAGUAUCGCCUUGCAGGAUGGUUACUUCUCACCAACAUUUGUAUGCACUGUUUAUUGUCUUUUUGUUUGGGGUUCACUGCGGCGUUUUGGAAACUUGGAAAGGCCUUGGGAUAGACCGACUUGGAUGGGAUGUGAACGGGCUCCACAUUUUUGAUGUUUUGGGAAGAAAGGGAAAGAUUUUUAUCUCCUCCUUCGCCCUUGUUAUUGUCGCUUAUCCUUUCUUCUUGUGUGUUUAAAAAGCAAAACAAACUCACCAUGAUACCCACGGAGGCUCGAAAGGAAAAGAUCCUAGUUUUAGCUGUAGUCGAUAGUAUUUGUAUCAAUAGAAACAUAAGAUCAACAUGAAUUACA